GGUUGUGGUAACAGCUCUAUGAGCAGUGACAUGUACGAUGCUGGCUACCACUCCAUCACCAACAUAGACUACUCCUCUGUGUGCAUCGACACCAUGAGUGCCAGGCAUGAUGCCACAUGCCCGGGCAUGACCUGGCACCAGAUGGACGCGCGCCAGCUCUCCUUCACGGACGCCUCAUACGACGUGGUCCUGGAGAAGGGCACCCUGGACGCCAUGCUGGUGGAAGAGAAGGACCCCUGGAAGGUGUCCUCGGAGACAGCCUGUCUCAUUGACCAGGUACUCAGGGAGAUCAGUCGUGUUUUAAAACCGGGAGGUCGCUUCCUGUCUGUAACCUUCGCCCAGCCUCACUUCAGGAAGCGCCUCUAUGCUCGCCAUGACUACUGCUGGUCUGUACGUACCCGUAGCUACGGAGACGGCUUCCAAUACUUCCUGUAUGUGCUGACCAAAGGGGAGGAGCUUAGUCCAGAGGAUGCCGCUCUGGAGAGAAGGUUAUUGGAGGAGGCCCAAGAUCCGCCCAAUGAGGUCAGGACCCAGGAAGCAGACACUGAGGCCUUCCUGUAUUGUAUUGACCUAUAGGAGACAGAAUCUCAAUGGACUCUACAACAGGCUACACGUGACUUAUCGCUCAAUGUUUGCCAUUAUGCCUUCAAAGACUGUUUUUAUCCACUGUGGCUUUUGAACCUGUUGUUAUAUUGUGAUAGGUUUUUAUGAUUAUGUAACGUAUGCGUUUUUUAAUGAAGUGAAAACAUCUUGAUUAAAAGGACUUAAAGGCCAGUCAUUUCUGUAUCAGUGGUGUUCCGUCAAAUCGUCAUUAUAUUGUUUACCUAAUCAUCCAUCAUUGGAGAUUUUGUGAGACCCCACAGUACAAUCUUCUCCGGACAGUCUGUAUGAAACUAAAUGAACAUGACUGUCACGCCCUGACCGUAGAGAGCUUUUUAUGUCUCUACUUUGGUUUGGUCAGGGUGUGAUUUGGGUGGGCAUUCUAUGUU